ACCCCUUAGCUCAUCCUAUAGCCCCAGUUUGAUACCAUGGCCCAUCCUGUAGCCCCAGUAUGACCCCCUAGCCUGCCCUACAGCUCUGUGCCCUUUGUCCCACAGCCUUCCUCUCGCCAUGCUCGUCUUUGCUGUCCACACGCUGACCUUCGCCUUGGGAUUUCCUGCCAAUGUCUUCACCUUCCUCACCCUCCUCAUCAAAAUCCGGUGUCACCGUCCUCAUCCCCACCUCACCGCUGCCGACCUCCUCCUCCUCAACCUCAUCACUGCCGACCUCCUUGUCCUCCUCUUCCUCCCCUUCAAGAUGGCCGAAGAGCCCUUCCCCACAGCGCUCUGCCCCAUAGCAAACUUCUGCUUCUUCUCCAGCAUCUACCUCAGCACUCUCUUUAUGGCUGCCCUCAGUGUGGAGCGCUACUUUGGGGUCGUGUUCCCGCACCGCUACAACCGGCGCCGGAGGUUAUGGCGGACGAUGGCCGCCAGCGCUGUCCUUUCAGUGAUGGCAUUGUCCCAUUGUUCCAUCAUCUUUGUGGCAGAAUAUCACAGAGAGUUUGGGAUCAAUGGGUCUGUGGCGGAUGGGGAAGGUGGUUUGGGAGUGAAUGUGACCAAGACCAGGGAAUCCGGGAUCCGCAGGAUCUCCAGCCCCAACACCAACUGCAACAUCUCCAGCCUCAAAUCCUCUGCCUGCACAACCCCAAACACACCCCACAUCCCCACCACCACCCCGUGGACUUCCCAGAAUGCCUAUGAGACCCAACCAAGCCUGGGCUACCACUGCUACGAUGACUUCUCUCAAGCCCAGCUGCACUUUGUCCUCCCACUGCGCCUUUCUCUCUUCCUCAUCCUCUUCCUCAUCCCCUCUGCCAUCACCAUGUUCUGCUACAUUGGCCUCAUCCGUGCCCUCCUCACUCGACCCCAAAUCCCGCCGCAGAAGAAGUACCGCACUGUGGGGCUGGCUGUGGUCACCAUGGUCAACUUUGGGAUCUGCUUUGGACCCUACAACAUCUCGCAUGUGGUGGGCUUUGUGCAGCAGCGCAGCCCUGAGUGGAGGCCCUACGCUCUGCUCCUCACCACCCUCAGCGCUGCGCUCGACCCCUUCAUCUUCUAUUUCUCCUCCAGUGCAGUGCGGAGGGCGGUCAGUGGGAUGGUGGGAGCAAUUUGGGGCACAAUGUGUGGGUUUUGGGGUUGGUGUUGGCAGAGACAAUGAGCCCCAACCUGGAGGAGGUUAUGGGGUAAAUGAGGUUGUUGUGAUUGGAGUGGGCUUAAUGGGGUAGGAGGUCAGAAAUGGGGAUGGGUCCAGAUUCCUUGUGGUCAGCGUGGUCCCACAGACGUGUCCAAUGUUUGUGGGUCAACCAAUUCUUGGUCAGUGUAUCAUUGUCCCAUGGGGUUGGGGUCAGCAUGGAAACAUGGUAGAGAUCAGUGGGGUCAAUGAGAUCCCAUCAAUGUGACCAGUGUGGUCAAUGCAGAAUCGUGAGUGUGACUUAAUGUUGUCCCCGAUGUCCAAUGGGGUUGGGAUCAAUGUGGACCAAAGGAUCAAUGUGGA